AUGAAACAGAGAAUCACUGCCUUGGACGUCAAGAUCCUCGCUGGCGAGCUUGUCACUGCUCUUGUUAGCUACAGGCUCCAGAACAUCUACAACUUGUACAACUCCUCCAGAAUCUACACCUUGAAAUUUGCUGUUCCUGACUCCAAGAAGGCGUUGGUGCUUGAUUCAGGCUUGAAGAUCUACUUGACUGACUUCCAGAGACAGGUCUCUCCUGAGCCCUCCAACUUUGUCGCCAAAUUGCGAAAGCACAUCAAGUCAAAGAGAUUGACAAACUUGAAGCAAAUUGGCAACGACAGAAUCAUCGUCUUGGAGUUUUCCUCUGGUAUCUUCUACUUGGUCCUAGAAUUCUUUUCUGCUGGUAAUAUCGUUCUUCUUGACGCCAAUCAAAAAAUCCUAGCUUUACAAAGAUUGGUCGAUGAAAAGAGAAACAGCGACAAAUAUGCUGUUGGUGAGUAUUACAAAAUGUUUGAUAAUUCCUUAUUUGCCCAAGACACUCCAAAUAACAAAUCUGAUUUGAAUUCAAAUCCAAAUUCAAGUUCAAUUGUUCAUACAAAAGAUCAAAUCUUGUCUUGGUUAAAUGAGGAAAAACAUAACUAUCAAGUCAUCAAAGAAAAUGCUGAGUCUGAUCUUCUCGUAAACGCUGAUGCCACCACUCAAAAGAAAAUCAAACCUCUAUCUAUUCAUAAAUUAUGUUUCUUAAAGUUCUCGUAUCUUUCGUCUGAUUUACUACUGAAAAACUUUCAUCAAUUCAGCUUAAACCCUUCUUCUUCCUUUUUAGAGUUCUUGAAUCCGAAUUCUUUGCAAGUUCUAACUGAUUUAUUAAAUUUUUCCGAAAUUGAAUUCCAAAACUUGACUACUUCAAAUCAAGUUGAUGGCUAUAUCGUUAUGAGAAAAAAUAAAUUCUAUAAACCUACUAACAAUGAUAAUGACAAUCAUAACAAUGACAAUAAUGACAACGACAAUGAUAUCGAUAACGAUAACGAUAACGACAUUAAUAACCCAAAAUAUACAUACGAAAGCUACCAUCCUUAUAAACCAAUCCUAAAAGCCCCCGUGGAAAUCUAUAAAUUAAAAAAAAUAACCGGCUACAACAAAACUAUAGACUUUUUCUACUCUCAAUCAGAUUUGAUUAAAAACUCUCUUAAAAUUCAAUCUCACAAAGAUCAAUUGGAGAAAAAAUUAUCAUACGUAAAGAACGAAAAUCAAUCAAAGAUAUCACAGCUAGAAUCAAAGGCCCUAUUAAAUAAAAAAAAAGCUGAAUCAAUCAUUUUUUACUCUUCUUAUGUUGAAAAUGCAAUCAACAUUAUAAACUCUCUCUUAAACCAAGCCAUGAAUUGGGAAAACAUCAACAAUCUAAUUGAUCUAGAGAAAAAGAAAAAUAACCCAAUCGCCCUUAUUAUCACUUCCUUAAAUUUACUCGAAAAUAAAAUCGAUCUAAAGUUACCCUUAGUAAAUGAUGAUGAUCAAGAUAAUCAAAAUGACUUAUUAAAUUCAAACUCAGGUGUCGAUUCAGAUGUUGAUUCAGACGUUGAUUCCGAUGUUGAUUCCGAUAUCAAUUCCGAUAUCAAUUCCGAUAUUCAUAAAAGUUCAAAGUUCAAAGAAAAACAAUAUUUGACCGUCACUAUCGAUUUGUCUCUUUCUGCCUUUGCUAACUCCACAACAUACUUCUCAACAAAGAAAGAUUUGAUCAUUAAAAAGGAAAAAACUAGCAAAAGUUCAUCCUUAGCAAUUAAAAACGCUUCUCGCAAAAUUAAAUCAAGUUUAAAGGCUCACGAUGAUUCAAACUUAUUGAUCAAAAAAAUUCGUCCCAAAUAUUGGUUUGAAAAAUUUUAUUGGUUUAUAUCGUCUGAAAAUUAUCUCUGUAUUUCCGGAAAAGAUGCUCUUCAAACAGACAUGGUUUACUAUAAAUAUUUCAACUCCAAAUAUGAUUAUUUUGUUUCAUCUGAUUUUGAUAAUUCUUUGAAAGUAUUUAUUAAAAAUCCUUUUAAAGAAAGAGAGGUUUCACCGACAACUUUACAACAAGCUGGCCAAUUUUCUCUUUCAUCUACAAAGGCUUGGGAUAAUAAGAUCAGUACUUCUGCUUGGUGGUGUAAAGGCACUUAUAUUGACAAAAGAGAUGAUUAUGAUGGAAGUUUAUUAAGACCAGGACACUUUAUUGUAAAAGGUGGAGAUUCCAAUAAAGUUUAUUUACCUCCUGCGGGUCAAUUGGUAAUGAGUUUUUCAUUAUUAUGGUUAAUUGAUGAAAAGGGUACAGAUUUUUUUAAAAAAGCUAGAGUUGAAAGAGAAGAAAAAUACGGACUUGAAAUUGUUAAGGAAAUUUCUGAUUAUAAAGAAAAUGAAAAAUUGUAUUUGACCCAACAACAAAAUAAAGAUAAAGAAAAUAGUAUAAAACAAAAUAAUGGUAAAGAAGAAGAAAUUAAAGAUAUGACUGAAUCAAUUGAAUCAAUUCAAGUUGGCAAGCUGGAUAAACAAACCAAAAAAAGCGAUAGCUCAUCAAAAUAUCCGAAAACCUCAAUAAACAAAACUGUGAGAGGUAAAAAGGGAAAAUUAAAAAAACUCAGUAAUAAGUAUGCUGAUCAAGAUGAUGAAGAAAGAACGUUAAGAUUAAAGGCAUUAGGUGUGAUAAAAGAUUUGGACACAAAUGAAUCUAAUUCCAAAACUGAAAAUAUAAAACCUUCCCCUGAGGUCGAAGCAGCUAAUAAAGAAUUGAGAAAGCAAAAACAGGAAGAGAUUAUAAAGGAAAAAUAUAGAGUUAAAUUGGAAAAUAAUAAUAACAAUAAUGGUAGGGUUACCGAAAAUGAAAAUGAUAAUAAUGAUGAGGAUGAUGAGCAAGAAGAUAAUAUUCCAAAUCAUUUGGAAAUAUUUGAUUCUCUUGUUCCAAAGGUCAACUCAACUGAUUAUAAGAUUCUUGAUUGUGUUCCUCAUUUUGGACCAUGGUCUGCCGUAAACAAAUUCAAGUAUAAAGUCAAGAUUGCGCCAGGAUCCAAUAAAGUUGGAAAAUCGAUGAACGAAAUAUUGCAUUAUUUUGAGAAUCGACCAAUCAAUAAAAGCGGUAACAGUGAUACUGAUUUUGAUGUUGAUUUAAUAAAAGAACAUGAAAUCAUUAAAAUGCAAAAAUCUGGGGAUAUAACAAUAGGUUUUACUGUGAGAAAACUAAAAGCAGGGAUUUCUUCAGAAAAUUCUGGAAAUAAAAAGGGAAAUAAAAAAGGGGGUUUCAAAAAAAACUCCAAUUUCAAA